CAGUUCUGUGGUGUUCUUGGUCACACAUUUAUGGAGUUUCUGAAGGGCAGUGGAGACUACUGCCAGGCACAGCACGACCUCUAUGCAGACAAGUGAACUGUAGAAAUUCAUUACUACUCCACCAAGAAGCCCCCCUAAGAGUGGUUGACCAGGAUAAGAAGUAUUGAAUUGAAAUUGGCAGAGCAUUUAACAACAGAAUUCAGACCUGGAUGGGGUAAACCUCAGUGCACUGCCUUUCUGUUGCCUCAGUAUUACUGGAUUGAAGAAUUGCUGCUUCUUGUUAGGAGGUUCAUUUCAUUUCCCAUUGCUCCCAACUUCAUACUUCCAAGCACUGAGAAUUUCACGUGGAGUAUAGUGAAGUAGACUUCAGUUUCUCUGAAUCACUUCUGUAUUAGAAUUUUUUUUAAUCCUUUCAUUAUCUUGUUGCAUGUUUAACUAAACCAAUAUGGCCCGAAUGAACCGCCCAGCUCCUGUGGAAAUCACCUACAAGAACAUGAGAUUCCUAAUCACACACAAUCCAACCAAUGCAACCUUAAACAAAUUUAUAGAGGAACUUAAGAAAUAUGGCGUUACCACAGUGGUACGAGUGUGUGAAGCUACUUAUGACACUGCUCCGGUGGAAAAAGAAGGCAUUCAGGUUUUG